AGCUGAGAGUGGGUGGGAGCAAAGGUUCGAGAUCAGUCAGUCAACUGCAAUCAUGGAGAACAUCAUGACAUUGUCGGCAGAAGACCUAGCAAAUGCUAACACUUUUCAGAUUAAUGUGAAUGAUGAUGGAACUGCAUCAGCUGUGGGAAUGCCAAUCAGUGUGGUGCCAGCAGAGGGCAGCUAUGUCCUCAAACAGCUGGAAGAUGGCUCUACAGUACUACUGGAUGCCAUGGCCUUCCUGAACCAGAUGGGUGGCCAGGUAGUGCUCUCCAGCGGCGGCGCGCUCGGGCCCGACAUCAUGGCGCACGGCAUCUUCUCGGCCGACCCGGAGGCCGAGCACGAUGGCCAGCCAGCGCCCAUACAGGUGCUGGAGCAGGUGCCCGAGUCGCUGGAGCCGGUGUCGGCGGCGCUGGGGCCGGUCUCGGAGGCGCUGGUGUCGGAGGCGCUGGGGCCGGUGUCGGCGGCACUGGAGCCGGUCUCGGAGGCGCUGCCGUCGGUGGAGUCACUGCUGGCAGACACGCCCGGCCUGGGGCAGGAGCAGAGCCCGCCGCCGCCGGCGCGCGCCCGGCGCCGCGUGCCGCGACUCUUCCCCUUCGAGCCGGACCCGGAGCCGCCUGGACCGGCCCCUUGGCGCUGUCAGAAGUGCGGAAAAACGCUCAAUAUCUGGAAACGCUACCUCAACCACAUCAAGUCCCACGACUAUGAGAAACCAUUCAAGUGUGAUAAAUGUCCAGAGGCUUUCAACUUCCAGAAGAACUGGGAGCUGCACGCCGUGAGCCACGCGGCCGACCCAACGCCCUGCCCGGACUGCGGCCGGGCCUUCCGGCGCGUGGCCUCGCUGCGCGCCCACCUGGCCCUGCACGAGGUGGACGAGGCGAUUGUCUGCCCGCAGUGCCAGCACGAGUUCCCCACUCAGGUACUGCUGGACAAACACCUGCCAGUGCACACGGCGCCGGCCGCCGUGAACCUGGAGCUGGUCGUCACGGCGCCCGCCGGCGAGGCCGGCCACGCGGCCGAGUCGGGCCCCGGCACCGUCGCCGACGCCGACGCCGACGCCGAGCUCGGCGCCGACCCGGCCGGCGGCGACAACGUGCUGAAGCCGUCCAACAUCAAGCGCACGUGCACACAGUGCAAGCUGGUGUUCGCCACGAACAGGGAGCUGCUGGACCACCACAAGGAGCAUCAGACGAUCCGGUCCAUACUGAAGCUGCAGCAGCAGCGGCGACGGACUAAGCCGAGCUCGCGGCCCAGCACGCGCUGCCAGAUCUGCCAGAAGUCGUUCGCCAAGCCGGGCCUGCUGCGCCGCCACCAGCUGAUCCACACCGGCGAGAAGCCGUUCAAGUGCGAAAUCUGCGACCGCGCCUUCAACCAGAAGAGUGCGCUCAAGAUCCACCGCGAGUCGAAGCACGGCAAGAUCCGGCCCUACCAGUGCACCAUCUGCAAGAUGUUCUUCGCGCAGCGCGGCAACCUGCGCAACCACGUGCGCCGCGUACACAACCUGAGCGAGGCGCGCGAGCGGAUCUUCAAGUGCGAGCACUGCGGCUGCGGCUUCGCCACCAGCGGCGUGCUCGGCAGUCACAUCAGCAAGAUGCACGAUCCGCCGAGCAACACCGGGAUGAGCGCCGACGCGCUGCGCGACCUGGUCCGCCAGCUGCUCGACUACUCGGCCGGCAACGCUGCGGCGCGCGACCGCAUCCAGGCGCAGAUCCAGGAGAUCGCGCGCUCCGGCGUCGUGCCCGACUGCGUGCUGCCGGCGGCCGAGGAGCCCACACGCGACAAGCGACCGGCAAUCAUCACCGUCGUGGACAAGAUGGUGCAGGGCCGCGAGCGCAAGCAUCUGGUGCGUGUGCGCUACGAGGGCCGGCUGCGCUGGUUCCAGUGUCUGUUCUGCGCCAAGGAGUUCCGCAAGCCGUACGACUUGGUGCGCCACCUGCGCAUCCACACCAAGGACAAGCCGUUCCGGUGUCCGCAGUGCUUCCGCCAGUUCACUGUCCGCUCCGGUCUGGAGUCGCACCUGCGUGCCCACCGCGGAAUCAAGCUGGCCAGCUGCCCCAUCUGCCACAAAAAGUUCUCCACCGCCGGCGUGCUCAAGGUCCACCUGAGGCUGCACACGGGCGCCAAGCCGUACCACUGCCAGUACUGUGAGAAGCAGUGCCGCACGCUGGGCCAGAUUCAGGCGCACGAGGCGGCCCACCGACGGACCCGCACCGACGCUACACGUGACGACGGUGACGACGCUGACGAGAGGAAGAGGGCGUCGCCGGACAGUGGGCCGGAGGUGCGACUACAGCCGCCCAUCCUCAUCACCAGCAGCGGUAUGGUGCAGGUGGACCGUCCGCGACGUAUUGAGAUCCCCGAGGGCGACGAGGCGCCGGACCGGCCGCACCGGUGCACCCAGUGUCGCGCCGCCUUCAAGAAGGUCUCCCACCUGAAGCAGCACAUGCGCUGGCACACGGGCGAGAAACCGCACCACUGCCCCAUGUGCAACAAGAGCUUCAUGACGUCCAGCGUGCUGGCCACACAUUUGCGGACGCAUACUGGCGCGCGCCUCUUCAAGUGCCCCAUCUGCUCGCACGCCUUCACCACCAAGAGCAGCAUGACCCGACACAUGACCACCCACUACCCAGGUAAAGAGCGGCCGUACAUGUGCCCGUACUGCCAGCGCCGCUUCAAGACCCGCAUGAUCUGCAAGAAGCACACGCGCUGUCACAAGUUCGAGAUAGCCAACAGCAACGUUCUGCAAAACCAGCUGUCGGGCGGCCUGUUCACGGACCUGAUGACGCCUGAGGAGGAGCCGCUGCUGUCGGACGCCGCCUACACCACGCGCGCGCAGAACGUCAGCGUCAUCCUGGACGAGCACGGCCAGAUGGUGCAAUGCGAGCUGGCGGCUCCGGAGCUGCCCCCGCUGACGGCGGACGCCUCGGGCACCGUCACCAUCGGCGGCGACCACGGCACCCGGCCCGUCUCACAGGACGGCCUGGCUCAGCUGGAGACGGCGCUGAAGCAGCAGCUGUUCCCUGCCUCGGAACUGGCGGCCGGCCUGUCGCAGGUCAAGGCCGACAUGUCGGCGGAGCACCGACUGAUGCUGGCCAACAUCGCCGCCAUCGCCGCCGACGAGUCACCAGCGCUAGGUGCGGAGGAGCGCGGCUGCCGGGCGGCCGUGGACCGGGCGGCGGCCACCGCUGUCGAGGCCGAGCCCGACUCCGAAGACGAGGUGCUGCGCCUGCGCAACGAGCAGGACGGCCAGAUGAUCCUCGAGAUGGACUCCGACAACGUGCUGCUGCAGGACCCGUCGCUCUCACAGCCGCUGAUCCACCGCUGCCGCGUCUGCAAGCAGCUGUUCAACACGCAGCUGGCACUGGCGACGCAUGAGGCGAGCCACGCGGUGGAGUUCCAGCCGGCGGCCGCCGCGGCCCACCUCUGCGACCGCUGUCUGAUCGUGUUCAGCACGGCCGAGCAGCUGGCCGAGCACAGUGUCACGCACGAUCCGCCGCCGCCACCUCGGUGA